AUGGCGGAGACCGGGGAGGGCGGCGGCGGACCGCGGUACCGGGGAGCCUUCAACUCCGACACCUGGGAGGAGGAGCUGGAGGCCAUCCCCAUGUUCAUGAAGCGGUGCCCGGCUGAGAUCGACGCGGCGCGGCAGCCCGACCUGGCCUGCCUGCAGUCCCUCCUGUUCGACGAGGAGCAGAGCCCCGCAGAGCUGGCCAAGAUGUACAAAAACGAAGGGAACGAGUACUUCAAGGAGAAGGACUACAAGAGAGCUGUGGUGGCCUACAGCGAGGGGCUGAAGAAGAAAUGUGAGGACCCCGAUCUGAACGCCGUACUGCACACAAACCGAGCGGCUGCGCAGUUCCACCUGGGUAACUACCGCUCUGCUCUCAACGAUUCCAUCCAAGCCAGAAGACUGAAGCCCACCCAUCUCAAAGCAAUCAUCAGAGGAGCCCUCUGCCACAUGGAGCUGAAGAACUUCUCUGAAGCAAUAGCAUGGUGUGAGGAUGGCUUGCUAAUAGAUUCCAAAGAGAAAAAGCUUGUGGAAACAAGAGCUAAAGCUGACAAAUUGAAGCGAGCUGAGGAGCGGGAUGCAAGGAGAGCAAAGGUGAUGGAGAAGAAGGAGCAGUGUCAAAAGGAAAUCUUGCUUGCAGCAAUAAAGGAAAGAAACAUCAAGCUGGUUCUUGAGCCUUCAAAUGAAGAAGAGGAAAUAUCGGAUGGCCUGGCUGAGAUAUCCUUAGAUGGGUUCCACUCUGGCAAUGCCACGGGGGCCAAGGUGCACUUAGAUGCUGAUGGCAACCUGAACUGGCCUGUCCUCUUUCUGUACCCUGAGCACGAGCAAACAGACUUCAUUGCAGCUUUCCAUGAGAACUCCAGGUUUAUUGACCAUUUAAUGGUGAUGUUUGCUGAGUUACCUCCUUGGGAUGUAGAAAGAAAAUACCUUCCCAGCAAUCUGGAGCUCUACUUUGAAGAUGAAGAUAGAGCAGAAAUGUACGAGCUGAACCCAGGCCACACCUUGCUACAGGCGCUGCAGCACAAAAGGUAUUUUGUGAAAGCUGGGACCCCAACAGUUUUGGCGCUUGUAAAGCACUCUCCUUUCUCCAAGAAGUAUUUCAGCGGCAAGAAGGUUCAUCGGCUGUCAUGAGCAGGAGUGAAACAAGGAAUCCUCUGCAAGAGGCUGCUGGUUGGCAUCCCAGCUGCAGCCUGCAAGCUCCUGCUGGAGCAAAAACCCCUUGCACACUUCAGAGGAGAAGUAAUCUUGGCACACAGGGAAGCUUCCAGGAAAGCAGUACAGGAGAAUGAAGGACUUACCAGAGGGGAUUAUUUGUUUAAAAAGAAACCCAGAUGGCUUGCAGAAGGUCUUCUCUAGUGCAGGCUGCAUGUGGGUUUGAAAUAAACCUGAAGCAGUGCCAAACACUGGCUGCA